AAGUGCCUGCAGUAAGACUGCAAACAAGGUAAUGGAAGUGAAAGAAAAGGUGUGUUUUUUGCUCUGGAUUUUGAUGGUGUGAACGAAUAUCUCCCCAAUCACAUAUUAUUUCAUGUGCACACAUUGGUCCAGUGCUCUUCCCUUGGUUGUUGGAGAACCUGGGGUUAAAUCAGAAGUGGUGGUUGCUGUCACCAUCCAUACAAAAGACUGCUGUAUGUGUUUCUCUUUUGGUAUAAGGCAUGAUGCUUUCAGGCUGGCCAGUUCUCCCGCAAGGUAAAUUACAAACGAUGAUAGGAGAGCAAUGACUAUGACUUUGAGCUAAUGGUCGAACUGGAAGCCAGCAGGGGGCUGGACACUAUAUUAGCCUGUGUCAGCAGCAUCUGCCCAAAGACCCAGCCAUCUGCAUGGACAUUACCACAAGAUCCUUGCUGAACUAGUAUAUGCACCACUGAAGCAAUGUGUACAAUACACUUACAUAAAAUAACAUCUCCCUCCUCACUAAGUCAAUAUUUCUUCUUCCAGGUGUGGGUGGAGUCAUUCUUUUAACACCUUCUUAAUGAUAGCUAGGGCCUGGAAUGAGGACCUCUUUGGUUUGUAAGAGAGUUAACUGUUCAUAAUACUGUUUGGAAAAUGUGAAUAAAAAAACAUAUUGCUCAGAUGUUAAAGGAUACAGAGCAAAGGGUUAAAGAACAUUUUCACUAUCUGCAGUUUUUACUCUUUAUCAUGUAAUUCACCUUAUCAUUUCUUAUCAUCCUCUUAUUUGUCUAUCCAUUAGUUGUAACAGUGUUUAAAGUGCAGUUUACAUUUUCAGGCGGUGCACCUUCUUAUUCUUCUUCAGAAAUGUUUUUCUUUCACUUUACAACACAAAAGAAGAACCGGAAAAGGAUGCACCAACACAUUAUUUCAAUAGCAACGUGAUGAAUAAUGAAAGAUGUUUCCAUGUACAGAGACUUCAUUAAGUUGUUAUCUAUAAAACAUUUGCACAGGCCAGAGAAAUGCUUUGCACAGAUGUCUCUCCCUUUCACAGAUGUCUCUCCCUUGUUAGAAAAUCCCUGAGGUCAAAUGUAUGGGGGCUUUUUCCGUAGUGUUAGGGUGCUUGUAAUGUGAGGCUUUAACAGGGGUUUGAUUUCAUUAUUUUCAGGCAUUUUAUCAUCAUGAAUACAUUAAUUGUAAUAUUUUUUACAUUUUUGUAUCUUCUGAAUCUAAAAUUUCCUCAGUAAAAUAGUUAAUUUUCUUGAUUAGAGAGUAUAUAAAUUAUUUUUGAACAGGAAUGUUCAACAGUAAAUGGAUGCAGUAGAGUUUUCAUAUUGUAAUAUUGCACAUUAAAACUUUGGUGCUAGCUUGCAGGGCAGUGUAUGGAAUUGUUCCAUCAUAACUCCAAUCUCUCUUCAACCUGUAUACCCCAGGCAGAUCUCUCUUCCCUUUCUGGCAUGAUUGCUUCUUCCAAUCACCAUGGCUAUCUGUACUGGUCAUACAUUACAUUACAUUUAUUUGGCGGAUGCUUUUAUCCAAUGAAUGCAUAUCAAAGGUCGUUGGAACAACUACAAAACACAGGUCCGAUAAGGUACAGUCCUCAUUAUGCAACAGUUAUCCAUGGCCAUGAAAACAUUAAGUUCAGUUCGCACAGUAAGCAUAGGCUAGGUCAGAAGUUAUGAUAAGUCACACACAGUGACAGCUGUCACGGAAGAAGCACUUGACAAUUUUUUGCUUUUUUCCUCACGACAGUGGUUUGUGUGUGUGUGCUUGUAGACGUGUGUGUAGGUGUGUCUGCGUGUGUGUGUGAGUGCGUGUUUCAGCAUAUUUGCUCGAAUGCAAGCGUUUGUGAGCUUAAGUGUGAGCAUAUUUAUGGACACACCCAUUUAGGUCGGAGCGAAGAGUACUGCAGGCAGUUGCUGCUGGUUCGCCUCUCACUAUAAAGAGAGAACUGCACAGUGUUUGCCUCACAUUGCACAGUGAAGCCCUCUUUCCAAAGUGUUCAGACAUUUGGUCGUACGAAACAGGUAGAAAUGGCACUGAGCCACAAAGAGUUUGAGAGAGCAGGGAAGUCUGCUGGACUCCAAGUCUGGAGAAUUGAAAACAUGGAGCUGGUACUGGUACCUGAGAUUCUCCAUGGUAACUUCUAUGUGGGGGAUGCCUAUCUCAUUCUCCAUACAGUCAAACAGAAAGAAACUUAUUUCUAUAACCUGCACUUCUGGCUGGGUAAGGAGUGCAGUCAAGAUGAGAGCACCUCCGCAGCCAUAUUCACUGUGCAAAUGGAUGACUACCUGGGAGGAAAACCUGUCCAGUACAGAGAAGUUCAAGGGGCUGAGUCCACCUCCUUCACCGGUUACUUUAAGGGUGGAAUCAAGUACAAGGCAGGAGGUGUGGCCUCCGGAUUCCACCAUGUGAUCACCAAUGACCUGACAGCAGAGAGGCUCUUCCAUAUUAAGGGCAGACGGGUGGUGAGGGCGACAGAGGUGCCGCUCGCAUGGUCCAGCUUCAACAAGGGAGACUGCUUCAUUGUGGAUCUGGGGGCAGUGAUAUAUCAGUGGUGUGGCUCCAACUGCAACAAGUUUGAGAGGUUGAAGGCUGCACAAGUGGCAACCAGUAUCCGUGACAAUGAGCGUAACGGGAGAGCUAAGCUCAUAGUGGUGGAGGAAGACAGGGAACCAGAGGGCAUGAUAAAGGUCCUGGGUAAAAAACCAGAUCUUCCAGAUGGGGAUAAUGAGGAUGACGCCAUUGCAGACAUAUCCAAUCGUAAAAUGGCCAAACUUUACAUGGUAUCAGAUGCAACAGGGACCAUGCAGGUGUCUGUGGUGUCCGAGGAGAAUCCCUUCUGUCAGAGCCUUCUCCUGUCUGACGAGUGCUUCAUUCUUGAUCACGGAAAGAGCAGAAUGAUAUUUGUAUGGAAAGGCAGGAAUGCUAACAAGAGUGAGAGGAAGGAAGCAAUGAAAACAGCUGAAAGCUUCAUAAGACAGAUGGGCUACCCACAGAACACCCAGAUUCAAGUUCUUCCAGAUGGAGGUGAAACUCCAAUCUUCAAACAGUUCUUCCAAAACUGGAAGGAUAAAGACCAAAGUGAGGGACUUGGGAAAGUGUUUGUCACAGAGAGAAUUGCUCGGAUCCAGCAAGAACCAUUUGACGCCUCCAAACUCCAUCAAUCCCAACAAAUGGCAGCCCAAUACAAUAUGGUGGAUAAUGGAACAGGAGACACACAGAUCUGGAGAGUGGAAAAUGGUGAGAGAGUUGAAGUUGACCCAGAAACACAUGGGCAGUUCUAUGGUGGAGACUGUUACAUCAUUUUGUACACAUAUGCCAAAGGGAAAAUCAUCUAUACCUGGCAGGGCUCCAGUGCCUCCCUGGAUGAGCUUACAGCUUCUGCCUUCCUCACUGUACAGCUGGACCGAUCCUUAGGGAGUCAAGCAGUGCAGAUCAGAGUGACUCAGGGAAAGGAGCCCUCUCAUUUUCUCAGCCUGUUUAAACCAAAGCCUCUGAUCGUGUUCAAGAACGGAACAUCUCGCAAAGGGGGGCAGCAGUCCCCACCUCCCACACGCCUCUUCCAAGUGCGCCGUAACCUACCAACAAUAACACGCAUCGCAGAGGUAGAUGUUGAGGCUCGAAGCCUGAACUCCAAUGAUGUUUACCUGCUGAAGCUACCACAGGGGAAAGGGUACAUGUGGGUGGGCAAGGGGGCAAGUGAGGAGGAAGAGCAAGGCGCUAAGUACAUCAGUGAGCAGCUACACUGCCAGGCCCACAGGGUCACAGAGGGAAAGGAGCCAGCUGACUUCUGGGCAGCAUUAGGCGGGAAGAAAGAAUAUCAGACAUCACAGCGGCUGGAGAGACAGACAAUCACUCACGCCCCACGCCUGUUCGGCUGCUCAAAUAAGACAGGGAGGUUCACUAUUGAAGAAGUUCCAGGGGAAUUCACCCAGGAUGAUUUAGCUGAAGAUGACGUAAUGCUGCUAGAUGUCUGGGAUCAGGUGUUUGUAUGGAUUGGAAAAGAUGCCAAUGAAGUUGAGAGAACGGAAUCCCGGAAAUCAGCGAAAACAUACAUUGAAACAGAUCCGGCAGGACGUGAUAAGGGGACCCCGCUGGUUAUUGUGAAACAGGGGCAUGAGCCCCCCACAUUCACCGGAUGGUUUUUAGGUUGGGAUGCAUCACGAUGGGGGAAUUAGAUUUUUCGAUUGCAUUCCUACUUAGUUAGCACCACUUGGUAGCAGUGCCAAAAACCCCACAUUUAAAGUGUUUAAAUGUUUGUUUUUUUACUUUACAUAAUUAUGCAUAUUUUUUAAUAUGCAUCAUUAACAACCUUAGUAUUAACAUUACAAAACAUUAACAAAGUUGACAUUAGCACUGGCAUGAACAACAUUAGCCUUAUACAUAACCAUUAUAAAUGAGCAACAUACAUAACAAUAUCUCCCAUAAGUCACUAAAAACCACCCACUCUGCCCCCACUUAAUUUUCUCACGUUAUGUGGACUAUCAGGCCAGCUACACUGUACAUCUGUUUCACUGGUAAACUGCCAAGUCACUCAAAAGCCCCUCCAUCUCUUCAUCACCACUGUACUCUGCACUAUCCACACUCUCAACAUCAAGUGGCUCAAUAAAGAUGUGUGAAUUAUCAA